UACUUUCCUGGUUCCUUUGAUAGUCCUCCCUGCAACAUAGCCGAGAAACUCACGAGUGGAUAUAAGGCGUGGGAGUUCUUGACAUACGUAUAUGACCUGGCACCCGCGUUUCUUAAAGGCGUGCUUCCGGACGAGUACUGGGGCAACUUCUGUAAACUCGUCGCCGCCAUUCGUCUUCUCCAUCAACGCUCAAUCGAGCUCGAAGAAUUAGAACAGGCCCAUACGUUGCUGGUCGACUUCGUUUCCGAAUACGAGGCCCUCUAUUAUCAGCAACGUGAAGACCGCCUUCACUUCUGUCGACCCAGCAUUCAUGCACUCCCCCAUCUCGUUCCCGAAGCCCACCGUGUUGGUCCGUCGGCGUAUCUGACACAAUGGACGUUGGAGCGUGUCAUU